AUGGUCUCUAUCACAAGGACCCUCCUGGUGGCCCUCCCACUCGCCCUGGGUGUCACUGCUACCCCAACCGACUACGGCCUCGUUGCCCGACAACAGCAGAGCUCCUGUGUGCCUCCCGCCGACAUUGGCACCCAGGCCGACUGCUACAAGAAGUGUACCGAUGCAAUUGGAUCUUUCUUGAACUGCAACGGAGUGCAAUCCUGUGUUUGUAACGUUCUCGAUACCUCUCUUAACGUUGUGGACGAGUGUAUCACCUGUGGAGCCAUCUUCCCUUUGGUCCACGACUUCAUUGAGAACACUGUCAUCAAGAACCUCCUCCAAUGCGACAAUUACAAGCCUCCGGCUCAGACCCCUUGUGAAACCCCUUCUCCUACCCCCUCCCCUCCCGCCUGCGAUCCCGUUGCCGCAGCCUUCGCCGCAGACGACCCCAACAUUGUGACCAUGUGUGUUGCUGAUCCUGCCACUUACACUCACAACAUUGGAGAUCUGGGAACUUGCAUUACUGACUGUCUGUACGCUGUUUUCCGAGCAAAGGAAUGCAAUGGUCUACACUCGUGUAUUUGUUCCGCUCUUAACGCUGUGGUUUCGUCCGUUGCCCAGUGCUUCAAGUGUGGUACUCUUUAUGACGAGAUCCACGGACUUGUUGAGGCCCUUCUGAUCCCUAACCUCCUUGCAUGUGAUCUUGAUCCUCGACCUUCUACCACCUAUGUCAUUUGUUGGGAUGGCCAGACCACUGCUGUCCUUCCCAGUGGCUGUACGUCUAUUGUUCCCUCCGGAACGUCUCUGGCUACCGCUACCGCAACUACCGCCUCGGCUACCACCUCUGCGCCUAGUUCUUCCUCUGCUCCUGGUUCUUCCUCUGCUCCUGUCACUUCUGGUCCCCAGUCUUCUGUCGAGUCCAGUGCUCCUGCUUCUUCGUCUGAGGCUUCCAGCUCUGCUCCAGCUUCGAGCUCCCCUGAGUCCAGCGCCUCUUCUCAGGCCACUUCUUCCUCCCCUGAGACUAGCCCUUCCUCUUCUGCAGCUUCUGGUACAUCCUCUACCGGAGGUAUCACUCCAAUCACCACUGGCGGCCAAACUUGUUUGCCAAACUCUGAGAUUGGAACCCAGGAUGAUUGUUACAAGAAGUGCACAGACGCAAUUGGCUCUUUCUUGAACUGCAACGGAGUGCAAUCCUGUGUUUGUAACGUUCUCGAUACCUCCUUGAACGUGGUGGACGAGUGCAUCACCUGUGGGGCCAUUUUCCCCUUGGUUCACGACUUCAUUGAGAACACCGUUAUCAAGAACCUUCUCCAGUGCGACAACUACAAGCCUCCUUCUUACACACCUUGCGAGACUGCCGUCCCUACUCCGUCGCCUCCUGUCUGCGAUCCUGUUGCUGCAGCCUUCGCCGCAGACGACCCCAACAUUGUGACCAUGUGUGUUGCUGAUCCUGCCACUUACACUCACAACAUUGGAGAUCUGGGAACUUGCAUUACUGACUGUCUGUACGCUGUUUUCCGAACAAAGGAGUGCAAUGGUCUGCAUUCGUGUAUUUGUUCCGCUCUUAACGCUGUGGUUUCGUCCGUUGCCCAGUGCUUCAAGUGUGGUACUCUUUACGACGAGAUCCACGGACUUGUUGAGGCCCUUCUGAUCCCCAACCUCCUUGCGUGUAAUCUUGAUCCUCGACCUUCUACCACCUAUGUCAUUUGUUGGGAUGGCCAGACCACUGCCGUUCUUCCCAGUGGAUGUACGUCUAUUGUUCCCUCCGGCACCUCUCUGGCUACCGCCACAGCAACAACUGCUUCGGCUACCACCUCUACUGCUGGUUCUUCCUCUGCUGCUGGUUCUUCCUCUGCUGCUGGUUCUUCCUCUGCUGCUGGUUCUUCCUCUGCUGCUGGUUCUUCCUCUGCUCCUGUCACUUCUGGUCCCCAGUCGACUGGCGAGACCAGUGUUCCUGCUUCUUCUUCUGAGUCUUCCAGCUCUGCUUCAGUUUCGAGCUCCCCUGAGUCCAGUGCUUCUGCUGAGGCCUCGUCUUCCACCGUUGAGUCUAAUACAGCUGCUUCCAGCUCUCCUGUUUCUUCAGGAGCUUCUGGAUCUGCUUCCGCCUCUUCUUCGCCUGUUACUUCAUCCCCAGCCUCCUCUGGUGCAUCCUCUUCUGGUACUCUCACUCCUAUCACCACUGGCGGGCAGACCUGUUAUCCCAACUCUGAGAUUGGAACCCAGGGUGACUGUUACAAGAAGUGUACCGAUGCAAUUGGUUCCUUCCUUGAGUGUAACGGCCUGCAGUCGUGUAUUUGCAACGUGCUCGAGACUUCUCUGAACGUGGUUGACGAGUGUAUCACUUGUGGUGCCAUUUUCCCUCUCGUCCAUGAUUUCGUUGAGAACACUGUCAUCAAGAACCUCCUUUCUUGUGACAACUACAAGCCUCCUCCUUACACUCCUUGCGAUACUGCCGUCCCCACUCCCUCGCCUCCUGUUUGUGACCCUGCCGCCGCCUUUGCUGCUGCUGACCCCGCUAUUGUGACCAUGUGCGUCGCUGAUCCAGCUACCUACACUCACAACAUCGGAGAUCUUGGCACCUGUAUCACUGACUGUCUUUACGCAAUCUUCCGAACCAAGGAGUGUAACGGCCUGCAUUCUUGUGUCUGCUCGGCUCUCAAUGCUGCUGUUUCGUCUGUCGCUCAGUGUUUCCGAUGUGGAACUCUCUACGACGAAAUCCAAGGUCUUGUUGAGACUCUGCUGAUUCCAACCCUGCUUGGAUGUGACCUUGACCCCCGGCCUUCUACCACCUAUGUUAUCUGCUGGGGUGGUCAGACUACCGCUGUUCUCCCCAGUGGCUGCACUUCCAUGGUGCCUUCCGGUACUUCUCUUGCCACUGCGACCACUGUUCCCGUUACCAGCGGAGGCUCUGCAACUGGUUCUGUUACUGCGCCCAUUACAUCUGAAACUGGCGGUGCUGUGGAAUCUUCUACUGACAGUAACGGUUCGGUCAUUGGAACUGCCACUGAGAGUGGUCCGGAGACUGUCACUUACACCACAACUGAUGACCAGGGUAAGACAGUGACUGUUACUUCAUGCCCUGUUUGCGAGUCCAAGACCGCCUCGGCUUCCAAGUCACAGGCCACUGAUACUUCCGAGGCUGUCACUGUGACCACCACUGACGCUAAUGGUUCCACGUUUACUGGCAUUAUUGUGCCUCCCAAGACAGAGACGAUCACCACCACUGAUCAGCACGGAUCUACCAUCACCGUCACCGUCUGCACCGAGUGCACCAAGGAGCACCCAGAGUCUACUAAUGUGGUUCCUCUUCCUACCGGAUCUGAUACCCCUGUUAUUCCUGCCCCUGAUGUCUCUACCCAGUUCAUCACUUCGGCGAAGACCAUCACUCUGACCACCACCGAUCAGCACGGAAGCACAAUUACCACCACUUUCUGCCCUGUCUGCGAGAACGGCGGUGGCCCCGGUCCCCAGCCUACUUCUGGCUCUAACCCUGAGCAGCCUGGUUCUGGUUCUGGUUCUACUCCUGGAUCCCCUGGUUCUGGUUCUGGUUCUAACCCUGGUUCUCCUGGAUCUGGUUCAGGCUCUAACCCUGGUUCUCCUGGAUCUGGUUCAGGCUCUAACCCUGGUUCUCCCGGCUCUGGCUCAGGCUCUAACCCUGGUUCUCCUGGAUCUGGUUCAGGCUCUAACCCUGGUUCUCCCGGCUCUGGCUCAGGCUCUAACCCUGGUUCUCCAGGCUCUGGUUCGGGCUCCACUCCUGAGCAGCCUGGUUCUGGCUCUGGCUCUACCCCCCAGUCUCCUGGAUCUGGUUCUGGUUCUAACCCUGGUUCUCCUGGAUCUGGUUCAGGCUCUAACCCUGGUUCUCCCGGCUCUGGCUCUGGCUCUAACCCUGGUUCUCCCGGCUCUGGCUCAGGCUCUAACCCUGGUUCUCCUGGCUCUGGUUCAGGCUCCACUCCUGGUUCUCCAGGCUCUGGUUCGGGCUCCACUCCUGAGCAGCCUGGUUCUGGCUCUGGCUCUACCCCCCAGUCUCCUGGAUCUUCUAAGCCUGGCAAUGGUAUUGCUCAGGCCAACGAGGGAGUGGCUGUCAAGCCCACCAUGGUUGCCAUUGCCAUCAUUGGUCUAGUCAUGAUGGUUUAA